GACAUUCCGGAAGUUGAUCACGUGGUGGGUGGGGUUGGUUUGCGCAUGCGUUGUUGUUAUGGCGGUUAUUGAUGUUCCUGCUGGCGUGGCGGCGCGCGUUGUCGAGUUUUCGCCGUUCGAGAAGAGUAAAGAGUUGCUUGCUAUUGGUUGUGAUAAUUUGUUAAGCGUGGGGACGUGCGAAUUUGAGAGUGAGGCAAAUUAUGAUGAAGGAAUUUUAUCAAAUGUUACGUUUGGUGGACUGUUGGAUGUUCAUCAUGCAGAUCGUGUCUGUGCAAUGGCUUGGUCGCCACUGAGUCAGUGGGGCAAUGGACCAACUGCAAUCAGGUUAUCUACAGUAGGUUUUGGAGGAGCACUACGUUAUAUCUCUAGUGAUCUAUCAGAGACGACUGUCAAAAUUCUUACCGGACAUUCAGGGUUUGUAAACGACUGUACCUUUCUUCAGUCAUCCGAAGGACAACUGCUGGCUAGUGUUGGAGAUGAUGGUACGUGUCGACUUUGGGAUGUCGAGGCAGGUGUGCAGAAAAUGUUAAUAAAACUGAAGUCACCGGGAAUGUCUGUGUGUUGGCAUCCUUCAGAUCCUGUGAAGCUAAUGGUUUCUGAGAAGAUUGCACGAAUUCGAUUUUAUGACCUCAUUGCCGAACAACCCAUUGUGUCAUUGGAUGCAGGUCGUGUGACAAUGAUGAGUGCCGAUUGGUGCCCAGUGAACAGCAUGUUGGUAGGAGCAACAGCAAAUGAAAAUUGGCAUGUGUGGGAUCUUUCUGCUUCAAGUCAACCGAUUCAGAGUGGAUUAGCUCACCAAACGAUGGGCUCACAGUUUAGAUGGUGUCGACAGGGUGAGUUAUUGUUUUCAACGACAUCUACAUUAGACAAGGAAUUCAAACUACAUCAUAGAGGACACCAAAAGGUGCCCAUAUCCAUGUCAUUGACUCAGUGUGGCUCGUCAAGUUGGCAGUGUACGACUCCUGUGUGUGGGAUAGCUGAUGGUAGACAAAUUAGAUUAUUUUCUUCAGAACUCUAGGACAAUCACAAUGGUUGCAAAUGAUUGUUUGAAUGUAUUAUUAAUAGACUAUGUUAAUGAGGUAUAGCAUUAGCCUGAAGUUUGUGCAAACAGUUGCUGCGUGAAGUACGAUAUUGGAAAACUGGUGUGGCCAUGCAGACAAGCAGG